AUGGUGAACAAGUGCAACACUUGUGCGAAACUUGGACCUGUCCAGAAGGAACCUCUGUUCCCUUCCUCGUUACCAGACCGACCUUGGUCUCGAUCACUGGCCAUGGAUCUGUUUGACAUAAAAGGUCAGACCUACAUUGUCGUGGUCGACUAUUACUCUCAUUGGGUAGUGCUAAGCUUACUCGAAAAGCUCAACAGCGUAUUCGAUAUCAAGUCCAUCUUUGCCACUUAUGGCAUCCCAGAGGCAGUCGUGUCCGACAAUGGCCCUCAGUUUUCAAGCGCCAGCUUCCAAGCUUUUGCAAAAGAGUUUGGUUUCAUUCACAUCACCAGCUCUCCAAGAUAUCCUCAGAGCAAAGUGACCACUGAAAAAGGGAGCACCGUUUACCGCAAUAGAAGUCAUCUCCUGGCUACCCCAGAGCCCACUACAACACAAGAGCCCGGAGACAACACACCAUCUUCGACACGGCAACCUGACACCCCAAGCCCUGCUCGGGAGUCGGCGCAAACGGCGGAGGCCCCAGCGGAGACACCAUGUGUCAGCCGAUACGGCAGAGAAAUGAGAGUACCAACGAGACUAGAUCUGUAA